AUGGAAGACAACCAAAGUAAUGAUACUAAAGAAUCGAGUGAGGAAGAAAGGAAAAUUAUUAAUAAAGCUCUUUUGGAGGAAAAACCAGAUAUCCAUAAUAAUAAAAUAAAUACAGGAAUAGACACAAACAUGACUAUAUGUCUGUUAAUAUGUAUUGUAGGGGUGGCCUUAGGUAUUAUUCUUGAAAUUGUAAAUGUACAAAAUAAUAAUAGAAAAACAUAUAAGGAGGAAACAAAACGUGAACGACCCACAUACUGGGUAUAUUCCGCCUAUAGCGAUGUAGAGAAUAGAAAUGGAUUACUGAAACAUGUACAUUUAGUUCUAGGAAGAAUAGGGUUUGAGAAAAGCACCAACAAUACGCCUUGGGCCCUGUUAUGGUCUCACGAUUACCCUUUCAGGGUUCUGUACCCUAAUCUGCACAGAUUAAAACCUCAUCAGAAAUUGAAUCAUUUUCCUGGCACGGGAUUUAUUACAAAUAAAGUAGAUUUGGCGACUUCAAAAUCUAAUUAUAUACCGAAAGCGUUCAAAUUGCCUCAAAAUAAAAACGAAUUUAUAAAAUAUGCAUCGGAGAAUAAAAACGCACUUUUUUUGGAGAAGCACAACCAACACAGAGGCGUAGUUUUGAAGAACGUGACUGAAAUAGAUCUCUCAAGUGGAGAAAGUUUCGUUCAGGAAUACGUGCAGAAACCAUUUUUAGUGGAUGGACAUAGGUUUGAUAUUGGUGUAUACGUAGUAUUGACUUCCGUUGAUCCUUUGCGAGUCUAUUGGUAUAAAGGCGACAUAUUAUUCAGAUACUGCCCCGUGAAAUACUAUCCAUUUGAUCCAAAGAAUUUGGACAAAUACGUUGUUGGUGAUGACUAUUUACCAACUUGGGAAGUACCGUCACUAGCUCAUCCUUAUACUGCGUUGGGAUUCGGAAUGAAAGACGUAUUCGAUAUAUACGUGAAAUCCAAGGGCAAAGAUCCUGCAAAGAUGUGGGAGGAAGUACAAAGUGCAAUUGCAGAAGUAUUUUUAACCAAAGAAAAAUAUAUAAUUGAAGCUUUAAAAAACUACCCAUCCGCGGAGAAUUUCUUUGAAUUAAUGAGAUUUGACUUAGUCGUGGACGAGGACCUGAAAGUAUACCUAUUAGAAGCUAACAUGUCUCCAAAUCUAAGUUCUGCCCAUUAUCCACCAAAUCAAUUACUGUACGAACAAGUAUUAUACAAUUUAUUUUCUCUCACCGGAGUCACAAACUAUGUAAAUGGAUACAAUAUCAAUGAAAGAGACUACACAGCUGCACAAAACAUGGUAUCAUCACAAAAAAAUAUAGCUGUAUGGGGAAACGAAUGUACCAAACUUUGCAAAGACAACUGUGAAUCACAUACAAUCUGUGGGCUUUGCAGACCAUGUAUGAACAAUAAGUUAAAGAACAGUUUGCUGAGAGCGUAUAAAGAAUAUUUGCACAGAGGCGACUUUGGAAGAAUAUUCCCGCCUGCACUGGAACCAAAUAAAGAAGUAUCUGAUGAUAAAAUAAAGAGUUUGUCUGAAAAGAAUAAACUACAAUACCUAUGGUACCAAGGAAAAUGCAAUAGAGAUGUGAAAUGGUGUACAUAAUAGAGAACAUACAUAUGUUAAAUUUAAUUUAUUAAUAAAAAGAAUUUAUUAACUAUU